AUGGCCCCCAACUACCCUCGCCCAGACCCAAGCACAGUCCAGCAGCACCUCGCCGGUAGUGCCCAGUCCUGGCAUGGUCAGAUCACACCCGAUGGGCCUUUCCAGCCAGAAGUCGGCCGCUAUCAUAUGUAUAUAGGCCUUUUCUGUCCCUUUGCGCACCGGGCCAACAUCAUUCGGCACUUAUUCAACCUUCAAGAUGCCAUUCCAAUAUCAGUCGUCCGGGCGUAUCCGAAAGGUGACGAGAACGGGUGGCCAGGAUGGAAGUUCCCAGCAGAUGAUGCAGAAUAUCCAAAUGCCACGGUCGACCAUUUGUUUGGCAGCAAGUAUCUGCAUGAGGUAUACUUCAAAGCAGAUCCAGAGUAUAAAGGUCGUUACAGCGUACCCGUCAUCUGGGAUAAGAAGACUGGGACAAUCGUCAAUAAUGAGAGCGCUGAGAUCAUGAGGUGGCUGCAGGGGGCCUUCCAGGGCGUUGUUGACACGAAGCGACAAUCAAUGGACUUGUAUCCCGAACGUCUGCGAGAUGUCAUCGACGAAGUAUCUGAGUGGAUGCAGAGCAAUUUGAACAGAGGUGUAUACCAGGCCGGCUUCGCCGAGACACAAGAGGAUUAUGAGAAAAUGGUUCCGCCUGUGUUCGCCGCACUUAAUCGUGUCGAGAAGAUGAUUGCGCAGAAUGGCGGACCGUACUUGCUGGGGAAGACCUUGACGGAGCUGGAUGUGCGAGCAUAUGUAACAAUUGUCCGAUUUGACGCUGUCUAUGUGCAACACUUCAAGCUGCAACUGGGCACGGUCCGCCAUAACUACCCGCAGAUCAACAACUGGUUGAAAAAAUUGUACUUCCAUGUCCCAGGUUUCAAGGAAACCACAGAUUCAAGCAUAUCAAGGAAAACUAUACGCCACUACUCGAUCAACCCAAAGGCAAUAACGCCCAUGGGGCCUUACCCGUACGUCGAAGAAGGGUGGAGGGAGAACCUAGAUGUUGUUGGGGGCAUCGAGAUGGAGGAAGUCGUUGACUUAGAGCGACAACUGAAGGGAGGUUUCAUCCACCAGAUAUGA